AUGCCUGGUAACGGCAACAGCGGCGGGAACCGACAGGGCGGCCGGACCGGGCCCGGCGCGCCCGAUGCCCCGGCCAUGGAGAGACCCAGGCCGGCCGUGACGGCGACGGUCCCGGCCACGGUGACGGCGGUCAGCCUGGCGCUCAGCGUGCUGUCCUUGCUGCUGCUGGUCACCGCGAUCGCCACCGACCACUGGUACGAGACCGACACCCGGCGGCACAAGGAGAACUGCGACCGGCACGGCUCCGACUCCAACGACCAGAAGAACCGGGAGAUGCCGAUCUACCACCUGCCGCUGGUGGACACCGGCGGAGCCAAGCGGGACGUGGCGCUGAUGAAGCCGGUGCACGUCGGCAGCAGAGAGGAGGAGCUGCUGGAGAACUGGCGGGCGAUCCUCGGGAUGGGCAUCCUGGAGACGGAGUGCGGCAGACCGCUGUUCUCCACGCACUCCGGCCUCUGGAGGAAGUGCUACUUCAAAGGCCUGGACCUGGACAUCGACAAGCUCAUCUCCAAGGGUAUCGCUGAUCGCUGCUCGGCUGUCAAGUAUCACUUCUCGCAGCCCAUCAGGCUGAGGAACAUCCCACUGAACCUGACCAGGACCAUCCAGCAGGACGAGUGGCACCUGCUGCACCUGAGGAGGAUCACAGCAGGGUUCCUGGGCAUGGCGGCGGCCGUCCUGCUGUGCGGCAGCAUCGUGGCUUCAGUCGGCUUCUUCUGGGAGGAGAGUCUGACCCAGCACGUCUCCGGCCUGCUCUUCCUCAUGGCAGGGAUCUUCUGCACCAUCUCCCUGUGCACGUACGCGGCCAGCGUGACCUACGACCUCUCCAGGAACCCGCCCUUCAUCUACGGGCUGCCGGGCGAUGUGGACCACGGCUACGGCUGGUCCAUCUGCUGCGCCUGGGCCAGCCUGGGCCUCACCGUGGCCUCCGGCUGCCUCGGCACCACCUACCCCUUCCUGAGCCGGGCCAAAGCCCUGCGCUCCAAGACCGCCCGCGAGUCCUCCGUCUGAGCCCGCGAGACGUCCCGACGAGGCGGGGGAGGACGAGGGAGCGACCGCCUGGCGUACGGCGGCCUCGGUCGGCGUUUUGAUGGAUGGGUGUUGGAGAGCCGGGCUGAGCUAGAGAACAGGUUUCUCGGUUGGUUUGUUUGACUCGUGGUGUGUUCAGGGCGCCGUGGAAAGCGCAGA